AUUGUGCCCAAGCACAAAACACUCAGAUGCUAGAUCUACCACCUUCUUUCAUUGAACGUGUUAUCAAAGUCUGAUCUUUACUUUUACUGUUUGAUCUCAGUGCAUAUUUUUUAAAAUUUUCUAGUAAGUGACUUUUCCUCUUUAGUACUAAAACUUAAAUGAAUAUUUUAUUAUAACUUCUUUGUUUUUCACAGUAACAUUGUCGUUUGUAACUAAACAAUUGUAACACUGUCAUUAAAUAGAUGCCUGAAAAAUAUACAUGUAUAUCGAACAUGGUAAAGGGAAUUUUUUAAAAAUAGUUUUAAGAUAUGCGCGGCUUACAUUGUAGGUUUUAUAUCUCAUUCAACCAAACUUGAACAAAGUCAAGCGCUAUGUUAAUUAGCGGAAGCAUUUAAUUUAGACAUUUUUUUUUUAAUUAAAAGAGUCAAAAUUGUAUUACAAAUAUAUAACUCCAUUAUAUUAUGAAGAUAAAUUAUCUUUUUAUUUUCCAAAAUGAAAAUGUGUAUCCCUCAACCUUCGACCACCCUGACACAUUGUUUCGCUCCUCUCAAAUCGUCACAAAACUAAUUGCUACACCUCACCGAACGUGUACAUAAUUUCAAAAUUACAAGUAAAUUCAUUAUAUGUGUUCAAUGUGUUUAAUGUGUUCACUAUGUUUAAUGUUUAUAAUGUGUUUAAAGUGUUCAGUUUGUUUAGUGUGUUUAAUGUUUUUAAUAUUUUCAAUGUGUUUAGUGAACUCCAAUUGAUUUCAAAUGUACACAAUUUAAUAACAGUAAACAAUCACAUACAAUUUUUAAAAAAUAUGUUACAAAAAUGAUUUUGGUUUCCGAAAGGUAAAUUUAGGUAUACUUCCGUAUCUUGUUUAUAAGACUUUGUAGUUCUGUACAGAAUAUCUCUACGUACACAGCUGUCUAAAGCGAAACUGUCAAAGAUAUGAAUAUGGCAAGCACAAAUGGGAGACAAAUCACACUAUAAUGAUUAUUUCUUGUAUAAUAGAAUGUUGUGACUAGCGAGGAACUGGCUAAUCAGAGUUUUGGUUAAAUGAGGAGUUUGUUUUGGGAUGGCGAAAUGAAUGGUGGAAUGAACAGAAACCGUUCACAUUUUAUCAGUAUUUGUUGAUAGCGUUAUCAAUUAAAAAGUAAAAAGAAGAUUUAUAUUAAAUAAGUUUAAUAGUCAUUGAAAUCCGCGUUAUAUAAUUCUAAUUCAUUUUCUGCCCACGGAUACUACUUCUAAGCUAAGUGCAAUUUUAAAAUUUUACUCUGUUUUUUGUUGUUUUGUUCGCUUACGAAGGUUUCCUGUUGAAACGUUCGAUGUUUUGUUGCGUUCCUUUUUACAGGUUUAAACCUACUUUGUUUUACUCAUUUUAUAUUUUGCUAAACUUUUUGCAGUCUCUCCCCUUAUUACCCUUAUAUAAUUCCAAGUAUCUUCAGAUUUUUGUGAAACAUAUUUCUUAUUGUGUAUGUCGAUAUUCAAAUCCGUCACUAUUAGAACCGACAUCGUCUCGGGGAUUAUUUAUAACGAACUAUGAUAAUUAGGAGUAACCUAUUUUAUCAUCAGUACUGAUUUGCUUAGUAAGUAUGUCAUUGAUCACAUGUUAAUAAUGGAACCAUUGAAUCAAAUGCAAUCCCUUGACAAACUUGCAUAAACUUAAUGUUGCUUUCAAAUUCGUUUUGUAAAUACACCAUUUUAACAUUUAAUUAAACAAAAUUCAAUUGUUUAGAUUAAGUUCCACUUUAUAUUUAAGAUUUAAAAUCCACCUCUAGCCCCCUCUCCCACGACAAAUACCGACACAAAUCCUCUCUAUAUCAUAAAGAUACAUCACGCCAGUUAGUGAUUUCCUCAGUAACACUUGUUGCGUAAUAAUUCAUCAUCAUCAGUUUUGCUACCGUCUAUGUAUGGCCCUGCCUGCUGCACCACAGCCUUCCAUUCGGAUCGAUCCAUGGCUUUCCACCUUCAUGCGCGAACCCCCCAACUGGUGUAAGCCUUUCUCUACAUCGUCGAUCCAUUUCAGUCUUGGUCAUAACUUAUCAUGCACUUUGCAUUUAACAACUAGGGCUCCAAAACAAAAUUUCCCUGAAAAUCCUCUCAGCCAGAGGCGUAACGAAGGUGGGCAGGGGGGACAGAUUCCCUGGGUGCCAGCUACUUAGCGGCGCCAAAAUGUGCUUUGAUAUUAUUUGAUUGAUGAAAAAAUCGGUUUGAGAGUGGAAAAAAUAAAAGGGGGCGCUUUAAAGGGAAUCUUGUCCCUGGGCGCCAAACACUCUCGCUACGCCUCUGCUGUCAUAAAAAGAAUUUCUGGUACAAUCUUUUAGAAUACCUUUUUGUAUUUGUUUUUCUUUUAAAUUUCCCCAUAACAUAUUGUUGGUAUUAUCAAGGACACGUCAACCUAGUUAACUGGACUCAAAGUUUUCAGCUAAGUAAAUCUGGUACAAGGGUUCUCAAGCGUUUCAAAGUCAUGACCAUAUUUACGUAAAAGCAAAUUGCCAUCGACAUAUUGAAAAAGGGCCUUUAAAUAAGGUCAAUUCUUGGGAAUGAAAAUAUAUUAAAACUAGCUUUUCAUCUAAGCAUACACAAUAUCAUUGUAUUAUCAUUGAUAAUUGUGGUUUUUUAUUCGAAAUGCACACUUUGUUGCAUAUUGCUAGUAAAUUAUAAUUUUCAACCUGAUAAUGAUUCAAAGAUAAAUUAAAGAAUAAAGAUUGUUGUCUGCAGAUGAUCACAAACCCAUGUCCCACUUGUGCGUAACAGGCUUUUAUUGUUUUAGUUACUAAUUACUAGGGCUGGGCCCUGGGUAAUGAAGCAACUAGUCGCAAGUGACCUAAGUCUCAACUGACCUUAACAUAGCUUUUCCUUUAUUAAUAGACAAUAAAAAUAGUGGAAAUUGUAAAACUAACUCUUUUAUUAUUAAAUUCAGUUUUUAAUUUAAAUUUAAUGAUUCUUUCUUUCCUGUGAUUGCCCGGGCUCGCGGGAUGAGAGUGGUUUUUGUUCGUUGUUUUUCUGGAAAAAGCAAAACACCAGGAAACUAGAAAGCCCAACGUACAACAAACUAUUUUCAAAAUAUCAUGAUUUAAAACAAGCUUAGCAUUAAGCCAAAAAAGACCCCCCCCCCCCCCCCCACGGAAGAAAGCCACAGAGCUCAGGUGUCGGAUGACUCAGUGGACUAUUGCCAAUCUUUGGGCUACUGUCUAGCGUUGAACUCCUGUCUAUCGUUGAACUCCUGUCUAUCGUUGAACUCCUGUCUAGCGUUGAACUCCUGUCUAGCGUUGAACUCCUGUCGAGCGUUGAACUCCUGGCGUUGAACUCCUGUCUAGCGUUGAACUCCUGUCGAGCGUUGAACUCCUGUCUAGCGUUGAACUCCUGUCUAGCGUUGAACUCCUGUCUAGCUUUGAACUCCUGUCUAGCGUUGAACUCCUGUCUAGCGUUGAAAUCCUGUCUAGCGUUGAACUCCUGUCUAGCGUUGAGCUCCUGUCUAGCGUUGAACUCCUGUCUAGCGUUGAACUCCUGUCUAGCGUUGAACUCCUGUCUCCUGUCUGUCGUUGAACUCCUGUCUGUCGUUGAACUCCUGUCUGUCGUUGGUGUGUCGGUUACGAGCACCAAAAUUACGUUAAGGCGUGCACUUGUUUUAAAACUUCCAAUUUUGUUUUUUUGUGAUCUUCAAAUAAUGCAAAUAGCCAAGAUUUUAAUGUAGGCACUCCAAUGAAUUGUACGGCGUUCACUAUUUCGGCAUUAUUUACGAAAUAGGGGGAGAGGGUUUUUGGAAAUGUUUUGACAGUUUUUGACAAGGGGGAGGGGGGGUUAGAUUAGUUGACGUCAAAAACCAUGUUUUCUCUAUUAAAAUUUUAAUCUAAAAAAUUACUGGUUAUUACAUUAUUAAAAAAAAUUAUAACUGUCAAUGAGUGUAAAUAGUCAUAUAGUUUUUAGGCCUUUAACAGCAUAAGAUUAUUUUUCAUGUGUGGCUGUCUGUGCACAGCAGAUGGCUGGUUAGAAUGUUAGCACAAUUUGUUAGUGCAAGAGAAGUUAAAAGUUGGCCUCUCCUCACCAGUAGAUUCUGUUGCAGGUAUGGAACAAGGACAAGAUUCAAGUGUCAUGUGCAGUCAACAUAUAUGAUAAUGAUAGAGUAGGCAUACAAUAUUUUGAGAAUUAGGUGAAUGUAAAGUGAAUAACAAUAAUAAGAUCGCUGCUUGAAACGUAUAACAUCUGUUUUGCAUCACAAGCAUAUUCAACAACACCGACAAUGCCCUCUUGAGCUUAAGAAAUUAGCAACCACUCCUCAACAAAAAAGAAUUCGACCAAUGCAAGUGGCUGCAAUGAGCUAGAGAGAGCUUAUGACAAUUAUUGCUCAAACCGAAGUUACUUCUUUUUUAAGAUUAGUUUAAGAAAACCUUAUACAUGACCCAUAUUAGGCCCAUUUGCGCAUGGGACAAAACUGUACAUAUAUGCCAUUAAUUAUUAAUGAUUGUUUUCUUGUUCAUGAAAGUAUUGGUGGUUGGUAUUAUUUCGUGUGUGUUAAAUAAAAAAUACCUUUAUUGUGCUAUGAAUGACAUUAAUAUAUUAAUAAUAAUCUUGUAAGUCGUUGUUUGUUUUGAAUUAAUUUUCAUGAUAAUAAUACUAUCAAAUUAUAUUGUAUUCUUUCUAUGGAAAAAUAAAUGUUAAUUUUAUUCCAUAACUUUAAAUGUAUCAUGUUUGGUUUUGUCUUUGUACAUAGCAAUGAGUAGAGUUGAGUACAGACACUAUACUCCUGUGCCUGAGACAGGUGUUUUAACUAGUCAAGGCGGUAUAAUGGAAUCCUCGUGCAAGAUAUCCUGACGAUGGAUUCAGAAUUUAGUCACCUAGGCAGUAUCUUUAGGACAUAGCAAUAUUUAGAUGCUACUGUUUUGAACAUGCCUAAGUACGGGGGAUGAUUAUGCGAACCACUGCGAUAUUUUCUGUUUCGGGUUGAUCCUGAAGUAUAGGCCAAAACGUGUCAAAGUGUCCUCGUUUUAUAGCCAUUUUCAUUGUUUCUAUAGUAAAGUAGUUACUAUCCUAGUGUCUCAUUUUUAUUUACUUAGUUUACAUGUUUUUAAUAAUUGUAAAGCGCUUAGAGCUUUAUGGUAAGCGCUAUAUAAUAAUGCCUAAAUAAAUAAAUAUUGGGCGACGCUGGGAUUCUUGACAAGAGGGAGAUUUGGAUCUUGUCCGAGGUUCGAAAAUGUUUGGACCUGGACAAGCUACGGUAAUCACGACGUAGAGGUCGUGAGCUUGUCAAGGACAUUCCUAAGACUGGGAGGGGGGUGUCGAGUCCAUCUCCGACUCAGACAAUUUUGCUAAUGGUUUUUACCUUAGUUACAUGGAGGAGACUAGUUUUUUUUCCCCCCAAUUGUUCGCGUUAGAUUAGAGAAUUUUUGUUUUCAUAAUGUACACGUGAAGAUGCUAUAUUAUGUUUGAGAGCAGGAACUGCUCAGAAGUAAGUUGUAUUUAAAGGUUUGACUUUGUUGAGUUGGGAGGUGAUACUAACAAUUUUUAUGUUACUAGGUCAGUUACAAAUUUGGCGUGGAAAUAUAUUAUAAGUCUGUUUGUAACUUAAUAUACAUGUUACUUAAUUUUAAAAUUUAAUAUUUCAAUUAAUUGGUUUACAUUUGGUACAUAAUCUUGUUUAUCGUUUGAUGUUUAUUGUCAAAUUUUGAGAGACACAUUUGUGGGUGACAUGAAUUGUUCACAUUAAUGUCAAAGGAAGGGGGGCAGGAAUGUUAAGGACUUGAAUGUAUUGUGUGAUUGCGUGUUGUUUAGAGAGUAUUUGAGUAGAUGUUGUAAUUAAAUGUUUGAAUAUUUUGUGACAUAUUGCGCGAAAGGGGAUAUGACGUAUUAUUAUUGUAGAGUGUGUGGUAGUAUGGUCUUUGAUUACAGUAAUGGCAGUUGAAGAAUUAGUUGAUUAAUAAAGAUAUUUCAUAUAAGAAUUAUAAUUGUGAAGUGUGUAUAACUAAACCGCCUAGACAACGAAGCCAACGAACCUAUUUAGUAAGACGAGGUUGGUAGCAUCUGUUACAGACGUGAACAACGGUUAAUACGCUUUUCUUUGAUAGAAGGAUUCUUCUUCUUCUUCUAUAUCUUAAGGGCCCACGAUCAAUUUAUUGAUCAUUUUGGCUCCUAUGCAUGUAGAUGGGAUUUGCAAUGUUUCUGUUACUGGUGGUGAUGAGGAAAUUAUGCACUAGGGGUUUGAAGGCUUGAGGCAAUAGACACAAAUGCGUCUAGUGUUGUCGCCUCAACUGUUCCUUUUGAAAGAUGGUUCCAGUCCCUGAUUGUCUUGGGCAGGAAUGAGCAGCUCCUAUACUGGCUUCUUGCUGGUAUGAGCCUGAAUUGCCUGUCAUGGCCUCGUCGCUGUCUAUGGGGGAGAGGGACGAGUUUCUGUUUAAUACUGGAACAGUGGACCAGCCCAUUAUUUAUCUUGUACAUCAUGGAGAGCCUGGAUUGUCGUCGUCGUUUCUCCAAUGGUGACCAGCCUAGUGUUUCUAGCAUGCUGCCAACACUAGAGGUAUUCCUGUAGCGGUUUAGGACAAAGCGUGCUGCUCGUCGCUGGACCGCCUCCAACCUGUCAAUGCUCUUCUGCGUAAAUGGGUCCCAGACUGAAGAUGCAUAAUCUAAAAUCGGACGGAUAAAGGCUUUAUAUGCUCUUUCUUUCACACAGGAGUUGCCAAUCUUUUUUUAAACGAUUUUCUGAUAAUAUAAUAGAAAACAAUAGUUUGGUUUAAUUUUUUAUGUUUACAUUUCCAAUGGUAUGUAGAGUUAUUUUUUAAACAUAAGAUUAAGGUUUCACAAUUUUUAGAUAAUAUACAAUUUAGUUUAGGGACUCGAAAUGUGGUAGUGUAGGGUCAACAUUUAACACUUGAAAAGGAAAUGACAUUUACAAUAUUUCUCUACCGCAGAAAUUAGCCGUUAAUGAACUCCUUAAGUAAAAAUAUUGAUUUAUUAUUGAUCAUUUAUAUUUGAUAAUUUAAGUCAUAUUAAUAGAAAACAGGGUAGUUGAAGGGCGCGCAAUGGGUAGAGUAAGCGUAUAAUAUAUUGCAGAAAUACACUUCUUAAAACUUUUCAUGAUGUUAGAAACGUAAAAAGUCAUACAUAGAAAAUUUUUAAAAGAAAGUAAGGAAUCGAAAACAGUUUUUGAAAUAGCAAGUGUAAAUUAUCGCAAAGUACCUGCCAAAAUUAUCUUGAUAACAUCGGGUAAUAUUUUCUAGUUAUUAAUAAAAAUAAAUAUUUAAAUUCUACUAUUAUUAAAUCCUAAUCACAGUUAUCGAUAAACCGUAAACAUCUUUUGUUUUGUAAUUGCAUUUUUUAUCUUACAAUAUUAAAUAUAAAGUUUUGUAAUCCAAUAUUCUUUAAAGAAUAUCACAUUAAUUUAAAAAUUUUUUUUUUAUAGAACUCGAUGAAAGAAAAAUUGGAAAAAUCUUAUAAGAACUCAAUUUAAACUCGCAAAUCACAAGGUUAAACAUCACCUGAUUCAAUUACAGCCUUUGACAAAUUUUAUAAUAAUUUCCCAAUUUUAAACAAAAUAAAAUAAAUAAAUAUAAUUGAUUGCUUUUAAAAAUUUAAUAAUACACACAAAACGUUAGCUUUGUAUUUUUACAAUUUUAUAAAUUUUAAUAUUUUGCAUUUAAAAAAUGUACUUUCAUCAAAUUUAUAAAGUGAUUUUUUUUAAAAAUUGCUUAUAACAAGAAAAUGCCGCUUAAGCCAUUAAGUGCAACUAAAAUUCACAGCCAAAUGCCACUAACUCGUUUACGUAUCACUCAUCCAAAUGUUGACAAACCAUAAGGAGUAGCAAUUAGUUCAUUUUUAUAUCAAUAUAUCAAAACCCAGUUAUAUUACCGCUUUUAACUUUGGUUAAUAUUUUAAUGUUAUAAUAAAUAACUAUAAUACAUCAAUAUACGGAAUUAUGCCAAGAAUUCAUUUUUUUAAAAGAAAAUUUAAAACGACAUGAUAAAAAAUGAUAGUGGAAUUUUGGAAUUUUAAUAAAGUUCAAGUGCGUGCAAAAAUGUGUGGUUGCGUACGUAAGGGGCUACCAUCAGUGGUUGAUUCUAUUCAUUUUUAUUAAAAACUGCAUGGGAGGCGAUUCGAUACUUUUAUUUUGUCACAGGCACCACAAGAUACACUAAAGAAUGAAUAAAUGAAUUUGAUAACUAAUUAAACUUUUUCGGUAAAAACAUAUAAGGUGAAGUAAAUAGAGUGUCUUCUUUUUUUAUGUGGAUACAACUUUCUUAAAUGCAGUUACUUUAGAGUGAUAAAAAGAGAUGUUAUAUUUUUAAAAAUAAGAAUAAAUCAUUUUUUAUCCAAUUAAAAAAAUAAAGACCAAAAGCGUUGGAAAACCUGAAUACAUUUACAUAAGUAUACCGAUACCUCAAAAAAUUAUCCCAAAACUUAAUUACGUUAUCAAUUAUUCUUGAGGACAUAGCCAUAUGUUAUCCUUACAGUUUGUGGGCGUGAAAAAGACGGGUAAAAAUCUUCUUUCAAAAUAUGAAAAUAUACCUUUUUUUCCACAGUGUGAAAAGUAGAGUUCGUGGAGUAGUGGUGUAAAUUUGUAUGAGAAUAAUAAGAUUUAACACAAAAAAACCCGUCAGUUACAGACGUUAAAAUAGCUCAAUAGAUUCAUCUUUAGAUAAAAGAAUUAUGCGUUUUUUUUUUAAUUUUCAAAUAAUAUGGUAAAGAUAUGAGGCAAACAUUUUGUUAAUUUGUAAAGAUCCCAAUAUAUAAUUUAUAAAAUAGAUAAAAUUUCGUUAAUAUUAAAGAUAUUUGAAAUGUUAUAUAUUUUUGCUGUCGUAAAUUUAAGGACACAUUUAUACUAUUCAGAGUAGAAGAAAAUUGUAGUUCAUGAGCGGAGACCCUGGUCGAGCAGACUCUGGUGGGGGCUGUCCUGACAAUGGGAUAUCCCCGACGUGCCGCUCCGCGGCCCGAUACCGGGUUGGGAUGGGGUGUUUUGGGGAGGGCACAGAGAGCACAAGCUCGAUGGCCCGCUGACGCCAUUUCUUAAUGUAACAUUUCAGUUCAUGAGUGUCAAAAAUCGGAGGGUAAGUUAAUAUGACAUCAAAUAGAGGCCUAGAUUUUUCUCCAAAAAAAUGUUAGAAAAUUCUUUAAUAAAUACCCAUUUCAAGGACUUCGAAUGCUGUCGCUUUGUUGUUUUUAUGAGUAUACAAACAAAGAAACCUGUUUCAGUUAUAUACGCAAUUAAGGGAUUUAUGGGGUUGAGAUUUCGCCAUAACAGCUAGGUUGUAUCGUAUAAGACCUACCUGUUUUUCCUGGUGACAUCGGGUUAUAUCUUCUAGUUUAGAAAUGGGAAUUUUAACUUGUGGACUUUAAGAACAUACAAUUUCACAAAGUUUGGUGGAGAACUUUCGUUUGGACCUUAUUGAACACAGCGUUUCAUGUUGACCUUUGCACAUAUAUAUUAACAAUAAAUAAACAAUGCAAAUUGUAUUAUAAUAGUUGAUAAAUCUUUUAUCAAACUCCAUGAGAUAGAGAAAUUUAAGUGUGACACUAAGUAGAAAGAAAGAGAGGAUCCCUUUUGUAGUGCAGUAAACCAACUUUUUACUUAUCCUAUAUAAGAUAAUACAAAUGUAAAAAUUACCUUGCAGAAAUAUUAAAACCAAGACAGAAAUUAAACCCUUAAAAUUUUCACAUUCAUUUUCUUUGCGACUGUGGUCCAUUGUUUUCAAACUUAGCACAAAGUUUCAUCACUUUAGAAACGUUUCAUGAACCUACAUUUAAAAAAAAAAAAAGAUUUCGAUUGCAUUCUUAAUCAUAUCAGUUUUGUAACUAAAUAUUUUUAUUUCCGCCCUCCCCAGUUAAAAAAAAAAACAAGAUGGAAAACCUGAACAUUGUUCUACUAGGCAAGACUGGCCAUGGUAAAAGUGCGACUGGAAAUACCAUCUCACGAAAAAAUUGCUUCUACGUUAGCAAUAAUGCGACUUCCUAUACCAAAAUGGUUGAGAGGAACAAGAGUCCUAUAGAUAAUUAUCAAGUUCAAGUUUUUGAUACACCAGGACCAUUUGACACAGAAUAUGUAAACGGCUCUGGCGCCACUGCAGACAUUGCAAAAACAUGUCCACUUAUGGAGUCCAUGAUAGCAGCUGCCACUAAGGAUGGUGGUGUGCAUGCAUUUUUUUUGGUGUUUGCCUUAGGAGCAAAGCUUUCUCAAGAGGAAAUGACCACCAUCGAAACACUGGAGGCGAUUUUUGGAAAUAAUGUUUUCUCAGAAUUUGGCGUUCUUGUCUUCACUCGUGGUGAUAACCUUGAGGAAGAUUUUUCAACCUGGUGCGCUAAACAAGAAGGGAAGGUUAAAGAACUGAUGGCUAAAUUUAGAGACAGGGUUGUUGCCACCACUAAUAAAGGGGAGUUCUCUGGUAGAAGAUUGGAAGCUAGUAAAGGUAUGAUUGUAGCAGCUGAAGCUUUAAAAAAUAAGAAGAAGGUUUACACUUUGGAAAACUAUAAAAGGUCAGAGAAGUCUCGUAACUAUUUGUUAGUAACAUCGAAAAAGAAAGAUUUGACAGAUGAUUUUCAAAAAAAAAUGAAAAAUUUAGAAGAAGAAAUUAAGAAGAAAAAAAAACUAAAUAGCCAUGAAGCAGAUCUUUUCUUUCGAAAAAUAAACGAGCUCAGGGGAGAAAUAAAAAAUGCAAGUAAUGGAACUGAUGUACUGGAUGAUGUCUAUGGUCAAGUUGACAAACUGCAGAUUUUGGCUGAGUCCAAAAUGUCAAGCUGCUCCAUCUUGUAAAACAUAAUAUGGAUAACUUAUAGAACUAUUUUAUUUUUACAGAAAACUUUAUUCACAACCCUUGGUAUAUGUACCUAAAAAAUUCAAUUAUUGAUCAAAUCCAUUUCAUUUUUAAAAACUAUUAUGAGGCGUAUUUGUGCUCCCUGGGGAAAAAUUGAAAGUAACAAAUCUCCAUUCUCCACAGUUUUUAAUUAACAAUUAUAAAGUCAGGCACGGGAUAGUGGCCAAUACGAAGUCUAAAGUCAGGCACGGGAUAGUGGCCAAUACGAAGUCUGAAGUCAGGCACGGGAUAAUGGCCAAUACGAAGUCUAAAGUCAGGCACGGGAAAGUGACCUAUACGAAGUCUAAAGUCAGGCACGGGAUAGUGGCCAAUACGAAGUCUAAAGUCAGGCACGGGAUAGUGGCCA